AUGUUUGAUGCUACAAAUAUGAUGGCUGCAUGUUAUACAAGACAUGGUCGAUAUUUAACUGUUGCUGCUAUAUUUUGUGGUCGAAUGUCAAUAAAAGAAGUUGAUGAUCAAAUGUUAAAUGUUCAAAAUAAGAAUUCAUCAUAUUUUGUUGAAUGGAUUCCAAACAAUGUUAAAACAGCUGUUUGUGAUAUUCCACCUCGUGGACUUAAGAUGGCUGCAACAUUUAUUGAUAAUAGUACAGCAAUUCAAGAGUUGUUCAAACGUAUUUCAGAACAAUUUAUAGCUAUGUUUCGUCGAAAGAUUUUCUUACAUUGGUAUACAGGUGAAGGGAUAGAUGAAAUGGAAUUUACUGAAGCUGAAUCAAAUAUGAAUGAUUUGGUGAGUGAAUAUCAACAAUAUCAAGAUGCAACAGCUGAAGAGGAAGGUGAAGGUGACGAAGUCGAAGAAGAAGAAGAACAACAUGCUUAA